GGAACGACGACUUCGAGCACUUAAUUCCGGUAAGGGACAAUACUACAUCAACUAGGCAACUGUCAAGAAGGUACAUUCCGGCGGACCCCAAAGUCGCAUUGCUGGACUAUGGCCUGGUAGCUCCCUGUGGCAGAACAUGGGCAUUGGGACACAGCUCUUACUCCUGCUCUGGAAGAACAUCACGUAUCGCAGGAGGAACAAGAUCCAGCUGAUCAUCGAGCUGCUGUGGCCUCUGUUCCUGUUCGUCAUCCUGAUCUGCGUACGCCAGUCUCACCCUCCGUACAAGCAGAGCCAAUGUCACUUCCCCAACAAGGCCCUUCCCUCCGCAGGGACACUGCCCUGGGUCCAGGGGAUCGUAUGCAAUGUCAAUAACCCCUGCUUCCGCCAGCCCACUCCGGGGGAGACCCCAGGGCAGGUGGGCAACUUUGAUAACUCCAUCCUCUCCCGUCUCUUGGUGGAUGCCAGGACCGUCCUCUCGUACAGCGGCAAUCAAUCUGUUCUCUCAGGUUUCCAGGAUGUCCGGCUAGCAGCCCAGGACCUUGGAGAGAGCCAAAGUGCCUGGCCAAAUCUACCGGUUGGAGAGUACCUGCGAGCGAAUGAGACCUUCUCCAGCUUCCUCCUGGCCAACAGCAGCCUGUCGUCCUCCGUUGUGGACCAGUUGAUGAGGGCACGACUCAACCUUCAGGUGGUGUCCUUAGCCGGGGCCCGGCUGCAACCCGCGGACAUCGUGUGCAACGCCACGCUGCUUGGCCGGUAUCUCGCCGUAGGCCCGGGCGAGUCCCUGCCAGAACUGCAGAGCCACUUGUGCUCCGUGCCCGCGGACACCCUGCAGGCUGCUGAGAGGCUCUUUCUCUCCCAGCUGGACUACAGCAAGAUCUUCACGAGGGAGAGGCUAUUCUCCAACGCUGCCAGGCUGCAGGCCCUCAGCAAGGCAGUGGGCUCUGUCACCCAGGAAGUUGUCUUCAUCAUGAACAAUCUGUCGUCUCUGUCCAGCUUCUCGGAGCUGAACACAGAGCUCCGGAUGCUCUUGCCGGAGAACCGAACGACAGUGCCCGGCGAAAGCUUCCGGGCCUUCUCCCGAAUCAUGUGCGGACACCCGGAGGGGGGCGUAGAGUGGAUCCCCUCCCUCAACUGGUACGAGGACAACGACAUCAAGUCUUUCCUCGGCAAGAACGGCACGGAGACGGUGAACAUGGAGAAUGACAACACCACAACUCCGUACUGUAAAAGCCUCAUCCAGAGCAUGGAGUCCAACCCGCUGUCCCGCGUUGUGUGGCACGGGAUCAAGCCGCUGUUCAUCGGCAAACUGCUGUACGCCCCCGACACCCCGGUGACACGCAACAUCAUGAAGGAGGUGAACAGGACCUUUGAGGACUUGAGGAUUCUAGAAGACCUGCAGGGGGCCUGGGAGGAAGUGGGCCCCAGAAUUCAAAGCUUCAUGGAGAGCAGUGUUGAAAUUCAGCUGCUGAAGGAUCUGCUGAAACGGCCCGAAGUUGCGAUCCUUGUAAACCUCCGCUUGGAGAAAACGUCCUGGACAGCCUCCCGGAUCGCCCGCUUCCUGUCCACCCCCUCGCCAGACGCCCCGCGGAGAGACAGGUCCCAGUACACGUGGCUAGAUGUGUUCCAGGAAGUGAACAGCACCAUGAACACCCUCUCUCAACUUACUCAGUGCUUCUCCCUGAACAAGCUGGAGGGCGUUUCUUCCGAGGGCGAAAUGAUUGAACGGGCCCUGAAGCUUCUGGAAGACAGACAGUUCUGGGCGGGCGUGGUCUUCCUCCUGCCCGACCCCUCCUCGCCCACCCUGCCCCCGCAUGUGUCAUACAAAAUCCGAAUGGACAUUGAUGAUGUCACCCGUACUAACAAGAUCAAAGACAGAUUCUGGGACCCAGGACCAGCAGCGGAUCCCUUCAACGACAUGCGCUACAUAUGGGGAGGCUUUGUGUAUGUGCAGGACCUUGUGGAACGGGGACUGGCACGUGUUCUGAGUGGCAAGGAGCAACACAUCGGCAUCUACCUACAGCAGAUGCCUUAUCCAUGCUAUGUCGAUGAUGUUUUCCUACGAGUGCUGAACCGCUCCCUGCCACUUUUCAUGACCCUGGCCUGGAUCUACUCGGUGGCCAUGAUCAUCAAGGGCGUGGUGUACGAGAAGGAGGCUCGGCUGAAGGAGACCAUGCGGAUCAUGGGCCUGGGCAGCACCACGCUGUGGGUCAGCUGGUUCAUCAGCAGCUUCAUCCCCUUCUUGAUCAGCGCGGGUCUCCUCAUCUCCCUGCUCAAGUGGGGGGACAUCCUGCCCUACAGUAAUCCCAUGGUGGUCUUCUUCUUCCUGGCUGCCUUUGCCACGGCCACCAUCAUGCAGUGCUUCCUCAUCAGCACCUUCUUCUCACGAGCGAACCUGGCGGCCGCCUGCGGGGGACUCAUAUACUUCUCUCUCUACCUGCCCUACGUGCUCUGUGUGGCUUGGAGGGACCGCCUUACCACGGAGCUCAAGGUCUUUGCUAGUCUGCUGUCUCCGGUGGCUUUUGGUUUCGGUUGCGAGUAUUUCUCUCUGUACGAGGAGCAGGGGGUGGGCAUCCAGUGGUUCAACCUGGUUUCCAGCCCCAUGGAGGGAGACUCCUACAACUUCAGGACCUCCAUCGUGCUCUUGUUUGUAGAUGCUGUCAUAUAUGCAGUGGCCACGUGGUACAUUGAGGCCGUUUUCCCAGGAGAGUUCGGGAUUCCCAAACCCUGGUAUUUCAUCUUCCAGUUGAAUUACUGGGGUGGAGUACCCCUAGAACUGGGGCUCCCAAUACCCCCUGCAGCACAGGAUACCGAGGCGUGUCUAGAAGAAGAGCCCACUCACCUCCCAAUGGGAGUAGCCAUCCGGGACCUGGUCAAAAUUUACAAAAAAGGCGCCAAGCUGGCUGUGAACCACCUCAGUCUCAGGUUCUACGAUGGGCAGAUCACCUCCUUCCUGGGACACAACGGUGCUGGGAAGACCACCACCAUGUCCAUUCUGACUGGUCUGUUUCCGCCCACUGCUGGUACAAUAUACGUGAAGGGGAUGGACAUCCGCAGUGAAAUGGACACAAUACGCAAGACCCUGGGCGUGUGUCCCCAACAUAAUGUGCUCUUUGACAUCCUGACUGUGGAGGAACACGUGUGGUUCUAUGGCCGUCUGAAGGGCCUGUCUAACAGUGCUGUGAAGAAGGAGAUGGACAAGCUUCUGCUGGACGUGGGACUGCUACACAAGCGGCAUGAACAGACCAAGAACCUCUCUGGGGGCAUGCAGAGGAAGCUGUCUGUAGCCAUUGCCUUUGUGGGGGGCUCCAAGGUGGUGGUCCUGGAUGAGCCCACUGCCGGUGUGGACCCUUACUCCCGCCGAGGCAUCUGGGACCUGCUGCUGAAGUACCGCAAAGAUCGCACCAUCAUCCUGUCCACGCACUACAUGGACGAGGCAGAUCUCCUCGGCGACCGGAUUGCCAUAAUCUCCCAGGGCAAACUGUGCUGCUGUGGCUCUCCUCUGUUCCUGAAGGCACGCCUGGGCACGGGGUAUUACCUCACCGCGGUGAAGAGGGAUGGGGUGAGCGGGCCAUCCCACAGUGCCAGUGCAGGACGGGUCUCCCUCACUGCCACCAUGAAGGAUAGCGAUUCGUUCAAGAGUGACGACACGGGGCUCGGUAGUGAGGCCAGUGGUUCAGACGUGGCCGCCCUGUUGGCCCUGGCACGACGGCACAUUCCCGAAGCUCAGCUGGUGGAGGACGUGGGCAGGGAGGCGGUGAUCAACCUCCCACACUCGGCUGCCGAGGACAGCAGCCUGGCCUGCUUCCUGGUGGAGCUGGAUAAGCGCAUGGGGGAGUUGGGCAUCACCAGCUACGGCGUCUCAGACACGACUCUGGAGGAGAUUUUUCUGAAAGUGGCUGAGGAGACAGGAGUGGACGCUGACCCUGAGGAGGUGCAGAAUAGUCCCACCGUGCCCGUGGGUCAGCAGCAGGGGCCAGCUGACACAGAGCAAGAGACGGGAAGGAAACAUCUGCGAAUGCAAGAGCCCCUGGAGACCGAUCUCCUGAGCGGGAACGCGCGGGGCGGAGUGCCCCGCACGGGGUGUGGCCUCACCCUGCAGCAGCUCCGGGCGCUGUUCAUCAAGAGGUGGCUCUACGCCCUCCGCAGCCGAAGGGGCUUCUUCGCCCAGAUUGUCCUACCUGCUGUGUUCGUGUUGAUCGCCCUCCUGUUCAGUCUGAUUGUCCCACCAUUUGGGAAGUAUCCAGCCCUGGCCCUUCAGCCUGGGAUGUAUGGAGAACAGUACACCUUCUUCAGCAAUGAUGCCCCCGGUGAUCCAGAAAUCCAAAAUUUACUGGAUGCUCUGUUGGACCCACCCGGAUUUGGGACUAAGUGUAUGGAAAUGAGUGGGUAAGACAUCCCACUGAAGCCCCAGUGUGCGGAGGAGGAUGCCACGUUCCAGAGGCCGCCCAUCUCCUUCGCCACGUGGAAACUCCUCACCCAGGGGAACUGGAGCGCGGACUGGCCGUCUCCUGACUGCCUAUGCAGCUCCGACGACGUCCGCAGGAUGCUGCCCGACUGCCCGGAGGGAGCAGGGGGUAUUCCUCCUCCUCAGAUUAAGAGGUUUACUGGUGAUAUCCUGCAGAACUUGACCGGCCGCAAUGUUUCUGAUUACUUAGUCAAGACCUAUCCCCAGAUCUUGAGUAAGAGCCUGAAGACUAAGAAGUGGGUGAACGAAAUGAGGUACGGCGGGUUCUCUCUAGGUGGCAGCAGUUCCCCGCUGAUACCAGAAACCCAUCGCCUGCAGGAAUCUGUCCAGGAAAUAAGAACCAGGUUCAAUGUUACACAGAACACCUCACUGGACAGACUCCUGCACAGGUUACCCGGGAUUCUCGGCGGUCUGCACAAUAAAAAGAAUGUCAAGGUGUGGUUCAACAACAAAGGCUGGCAUGCGGUGACGUCUUUCAUCAACGUGAUGAACAAUGGGCUCCUCCGUGCCAACCUUCCCGCAGGGCCAGAGAGGAGGAGGCAUGGCAUCACCGCCCAGAACCACCCGCUCAACCUCACCAAAGAGCAGCUCACUGAGAUGGCAAUGAUGACCACGUCGGUGGACGUUCUGGUGUCCAUCUGCGUGAUCUUCGCCAUGUCCUUCGUGCCCGCGAGCUUCGUGCUCUUCCUCAUCGAGGAGCGGGUCAGCAAGGCCAAGCACCUGCAGUUUGUCAGCGGUGUCAAGCCCCUGCUAUACUGGCUGGCCAACUUCACCUGGGAUAUGAUGAACUACACAGUACCAGCUAUAAUGGUGGUCCUCAUAUUCAUCGCGUUCCAACAACAGUCCUAUGUUUCUGAAAAAAACCUUCCUGCUCUAGUCCUGUUACUUAUGCUCUACGGCUGGUCCAUCACCCCGCUCAUGUACCCAGCGUCCUUCCUGUUCAGCGUGCCCAGCACCGCCUACGUGGUCCUCACCUCCAUCAACCUCUUCAUCGGGAUCAAUGGCAGCAUCGCAACCUUUGUCCUGGAGCUCUUCGUAGAUCAGCACUUGAAUGACGUUAAUAAGAUCCUGAAGAAGGUCUUUCUGAUCUUCCCGCACUUCUGUCUGGGUCGUGGCCUCAUCGACAUGGCAAAGAAUCAGGCCAUGGCAGAUGCUUUCCAGCGCCUUGGCACCAAGCAGACCCUGGAUCCCCUCUCCUGGGACUUUGUGGGGAAGAACCUGUUCGCAAUGGCUGUGGAGGGCGUGGUGUUCUUCCUCUUUACGCUUCUGCUUCAGUACAACUUCUUCAUCAGCUGCAGAUCCUGGUCUGACCCUGAACUGCCCCCUUUGGGCCCGGAGGACCAGGAUGUAGCCAAGGAGAGAGAGCGGGUGAACAGCGGGAGAGCACAGAGGGAUAUACUCACAGUGAAGGAGUUAAGCAAGGUGUACAAGGUGGGCCGGAAACCUGCAGUGGACCGUCUCUGUUUGGGAAUUCCCCGUGGGGAGUGCUUCGGCCUCCUGGGGGUCAACGGCGCGGGGAAGACCUCCACGUUCCGCAUGCUGACAGGAGACACCUCUGUCACCUGUGGAGAGGCCUUCCUGGGAGGCUACAGUGUCCUAACUGAGAUGGAGCGGGUUCACCAGCUCAUGGGGUACUGCCCACAGUUCGACGCCAUCAAUGACCUCCUGACCGGCCGGGAACACCUGGAGUUCUACGCACGACUGAGAGGAGUCCCAGAGGAGGCUGUGGCCAAGGUAGCGCAGUGGGGGGUGAAAAAGCUGGGCCUGACCCAGUACUCGGAGCGAGAGGCGGGUGGUUACAGCGGGGGCAACAAGCGCAAGCUCUCCACUGCCAUCUCCCUCAUCGGGGCUCCCCCCGUCAUAUUCCUGGAUGAGCCCACCACAGGAAUGGACCCCAAGGCCAAGCGCUUCCUGUGGAACUGCAUACUGAGCGUCAUCAAGGAAGGAAGAGCCGUCAUUCUCACAUCUCACAGCAUGGAGGAGUGUGAAGCCCUCUGCACCCGAAUGGCCAUAAUGGUGAACGGAAGGUUCCAGUGCCUGGGCUCCGUACAGCACCUUAAGAACAGAUUCGGAGAUGGCUACACCAUCAUCCUGCGUUUGUCGGAGCCUUCGGAGGAGCCAUGUCCCGUGGACUCCUACAUCAGGAGAUCCUUCCCCGGGAUCGAGUUGAAGGAGAAGCACCACAACGUGCUGCAGUACCAGCUGCCCACUAACACCUGCUCUCUGGCCCACGUCUUCGACGUGCUGUCCAACAACAGCGAGGAGCUGGGCGUCACAGACUACUCCGUCUCCCAGACCACACUGGACCAGGUGUUUGUCAACUUCGCCAAGGACCAGAGUGAUGAUGACCAGCUCAGGGAGGUGUAUGUGAAUGCAGCGAUGGAGCCAGUUCAGCCCGCUCAAACAAUACAGAUGGAGGUCAGACCAAAAGCAGUUACACCAAACGGGGCGAUGCAGGGCCCCUCAGCCUCUCCCAAGCCAAAGCCUCAGCAGAAGCGGCAGCAGCAUAAGCCCAAGAAAGGAAGUGUGGCCAGUAAAGUUCAGCCCACCGGGGAGAAUUCUGGGAGCAAAGACCGCCUGACACUCUUCUUGGUGGACAGCAGCACGCGAGAGACCAAGAUGUGAAUUAGACGGGACACAGAUGUGAUGGAAGCAAGGCGUGCCAGAUGCAGCGCUAAGAAUGUUUGAGAUGCCCUGAAAUGCCCUCGCUGUGUCCACCGUAUGUCAGGCAUCUCAAACUCCAGUCCUGGAGGGCUGCAGUCUCUGCUGGUUUUUGUGAUUUCCUUUCAAUCAGUAGCUAAUUUAGCCCUUGGAAACAAUAGCCAAUCAAUGACAUAAAUUAAUCAUGUCAGUGCUUGGACACAUCAAAGGCCAGCAGACACAGUGGCCUUUCCAGUAUUGGAGAUUGACAUCCCUGGUCUAGGUGGAGGAAACCUAGCUACCAUCUCGCUCAGCUGAUCUUGUCUGAGUUUGGUGCCUUGUUAGUUCUCCAAGACAGCUGUACUUGUAUUAAUCCUGCAAUACCUGUAUCUACACACCUCAGCUGCUAUCCAGGUAUCAUUUGCCAGGUGUUAUUUGUAUAUGAUUUGUACAUUACCAUACUGUACGUUCAAUCUGAAAACGUUUUGCUACGAUUUCUGUCCCAGCGGUGUGCAACGUUUUGCAACAGGCUUUGAGGUAUGUUUGCCCCCAUUUGGUGGGUGUGUUGAGGGUGUAGCCCAAAUCAUUGAUGAUGUAGACCUAAGCUUUAAAGCCCGGAGAACGACUUCUCAGACGCCAUAGGAACAAACUGUACUCCGUCCACGUGCACCAUGUUCAGUGCAUCACCGUUUCUGUUUAAAUAAACGCUUUUGCUAUGUUUUGUCGGGGCUGAACGUGGCCCUGGUGUUUCACAGCGCCCAAGGUAUGCCUGGUGAGCAUUUGUGUGAAGCGCAACAAUUUCAUUGGGAAUACUGGUCAUGGUUAUAUUGUCGACCACAAUGAAAGACCACAAAAGUUUAAUCCACCAAAAUAAGUGAACCAACUGCUGCUUUUUGAUAUAUGGUUCAUAUUUUUGCACUGAGAACAUUUAUUUGAAGUCAUUUUAUGUCCGUGCAGAUCAAGUGUAUCAUUUAUUGACAUUAGUGCUGUUGUAUUUGUUCUUCACAAAAACUGGUUACACCCCAAGCCUGUACACGGCACAAGGCAGAUGUGCAGUUCGUAGGAAUAAAACUCUGAACACUGCCUUUAUUAGGUCACCAGUUACUUGUAUAUUCAUUACUUUUAUGAUUUUAUUAUGUUUUAUUACAUUUAUUUUCUAUUUGAACAUCCAUCUCUUGCAUACUAUUGCACUGGAGAAGGCACCUGUGAGUCAGACACAGAUGUAAACCAUUAAAGUAUGUACCAGUGCAUCAACUGUACUGAUACUGUGUAGCAUGUA